GGACUGCCAGUCUUCCACCUCAACUUCGUUCUUCCGUCUCUUCCCCUCGCUUCUUCGCCUUCUUCUUCCCAUCACCUGCUCUCCCCUAUACCAAUUCGCAUGCUGCAUUGUGCUGGGCUUUCUUCUUGUCGAUUACGUCCCAUAGAACUCCGUAUUUGCCCUAUCCAUUUUGGGAAACCCGUUCUCGUUCGUUCGGCUGCUGUCGCCAUCACUCUGGCUGCCUCUGCUGUAGUAGUACCUCCACUACAAUUCCGGCCAUGGCGGCGCAGGCAGCUCUGAUUGCCGACACCAUUGUUGGCAUGAAGAGAGCCCUCCGCAAGGAGAAUGACUACUCUGGACCCGACGAUCCGAUCACACAACCAACAAAUCGGGGUAAUAAACUACAUACAAACUCGAACUUUGUCCGAGAAGGUGCUUUGGGUUACAUACAUCCGGAGGAGCUCUAUAAACAGAAAAUUGAACAUGCUGGAUACACGCGUUAUAUCCUCCAGCCUAAUCCCGUGCGCUAUGAUUCAGAAGGUGAUGAGUUGGACGAGGAUGACGAAGAUUCCGAAGCUGAUGCCGCUGCGGCGGCAGAAAAUCCAUUUUCGGAAAUUGCGCUUGAAAACUUCCUUUGCCCUCUAAAACACCCGUCCGAGCUCCCUACCCAUCCUUCCCUAUCGCACGCUUAUACGUCAAAGGCGCUGCUGCACAUGACGCAGGCAAUCGAAGCCAAACUCCGUCAAGAAAGAGCACUGCUUUGGCGGGCCAGGAAUCUACACCGGCAGUUUUUGGGAGACAGUUCUUGGAUGCCGUCUGGUGCAGUGGAGACGCCUGAAGACAGAUGGAUCUUUGAGCCCCGGAUAGCCCAUACGACACGUAGCUCACCUGGGAGUCAAUACAGACAUAACGGGGCUGCAAGUCCUUUGGUGCCAGGGCCUUCGGCUCAGAAAAGCAGUGUGCAAGGCGCGUCCGUGGGUGCAGGUGAAUCAAAGUCGCCUCAGCCUCCCCAGAACGAGAAUGCUCAGGACAAGACUGCCGCAGUUAAGGACGUUGAGAUGACCGAUAUUCACGACCAGGAGACGACGCACAAAGAAACCGUCACAAAUGCGCUUGAACAACCCCGAGAGCCGAAAUCAGAAGAAGUUGAUACCCCAGUUGGCGACCUUCCUCAUCAUUCAGAGACCAUCAACCAAGCCAUACAAGUCAAUGGAAGCCUCACGGCAAACGCAAAGUCUAAUGGGGAUAAAGUGACGAACUCGGAUGGCACUUCAGACAAGGAUGGCAUGGAGCGCGAAGGUGCCACAAUCCAGGGCAAUGCGCAGCCUGAUCCCGAAUUUCAAGACGAUGCACAGGUAGACGGGACGGAUGCGGAUGCAGAUGCAGAUGCAGAAAUGCAAGAUGGAUCAUCUCCCGAGCCACCUCGGCGCAUGACGACCCGGGCACAGGCUAAUGCAGCGAACCCACAGGAGGGCGAAUCUGGACCCCUCUCCCCGUCCCCUUCUGACGACACAUUAGGGAGUCUUCCGACACCCCAUCCUCUUUUCCUUAUACCGGACUCUGUUCGGCCAGAUUCGAACUUCGGCCUCCCGCCCAACGAAGCGGAAGAGACACGUCGACUGCUUUGGUCUUAUGUACAGAAGCAGGAGGAGACCGUUCGUGGAUUUGAGCAUAUGCUGGAGUCUCUGCUCCGGGCCAAUCGGAUGAAAGAGGAUGUGCUCGAGUGGUGCAAAGCGGAGGGGCACGUGGGCGAGAUGAGCGAUGGAGAAGACUGGUAUGAUCGGGAGAAAUGGGGCCUUGCCGAAGGAGAAGACCUCAAGAAGGGUGCUGAUGAGGAUGAAAUCGAACCGGUGGAGGAGAGCCGGACGUCGACCAAGAGAGGCCGAGGUCGACGGGCAUAGGCUGGAUCCUUGUUGCUGUCGACAGGCAUUUUGGCUUUUGAUGUCUCUCCGACGCAGCUCUUGCCGUCUGCACGUUCAUACCACUUGCGCUUUCCAAAGACCCAUAGCGUGGAGUUGGCGGCGUUUUGGGACGGUGAACCAGGUGUCUCAUAUUUGGCUACCACAGAAAAUUGGUGUGAGUGAGAUGGUCUUUCCCCCCCCCCCCCCCCCCCCCC